GUCUCCCAAAAAUCAUGCCAGUAAAAACAGAUUUGACAUGAAACCAAACAGAUUUUCUGACAUUUCCCCCAGACGUCUCGCAGUCGUCUUCUUUCAAAGCAGACUGUUGCGGUGUUCCGCAGCCCCUCUCUCCAAUGGGUUUGCCCGUUACAUGUCAAGUGAACCAGCUGUAUAUAUCAGCUGGGGGACCUGGGAGCUGCGCUCUCACUCGGGCUGACCGUGCGGGAGGAAUGGCAGGCUGGGGGGGCUUCUUCCUUUCUCUCCUCAACUACAAGACGGAGAAAUAUGUCAUCGCCGAAAACAGGAGGAUCGGGAUAUUAUUUAGACUCUAUCAGUUGGCCGUGCUGGGAUACAUAAUAGGGUGGGUGUUUGUGGUGAAGAAGGGGUACCAGGAGAGAGAGGAGGCAAUCCAGACCUCAGUCAUCACCAAGCUCAAAGGUGUCACACUGACCAACAGCUCUGAGACAGGGCUUCACCUCUGGAGUGCUGAGGAUUACACCAUACCCCCAAAUGGCGAGCAGGUGUUCUUCAUAGUAACAAAUUACAUAGAGACCCCCAAUCAGAGACUGGGGUUCUGCGCUGAGAGUUUCAAGGUGCCACACGGACUAUGUCUCAGUGAUGAUGACUGUGCGGAGGGGGAGACUGUGAUAGCAGGCCAUGGAAUCAAGACUGGCUUGUGUUUAAACAGCACUGGGACCUGUGAGAUUCACGCCUGGUGUCCCGUUGAAUACAGCAUGCGACCCACAGAGCCCUUACUGAGUGAAGCAGAAAACUUCACCAUCUACAUCAAGAAUUUCAUCAGGUUUCCAAAGUUUGAAUUCUCUAAGUCUAAUGUCCUUGAAACCUCUGAUGACAACUACCUGAAAAGAUGCUCCUACCACAAAGAGGACCACCCUUACUGCCCUAUCUUCCGCCUCGGAGAUCUGGUCAGCUGGACUGGGCAUGAUUUCCAGGAUAUGGCUGUUAAGGGUGGGUCUGUUGGUAUUCUUAUUGAGUGGAACUGUGACCUGGAUAAAGACUAUUCACAGUGUAAUCCACAGUACAGCUUCACUCGCUUAGACAUGAACUUGAACAACUCAGUCACAUCAGGAUACAACUUCAGAUAUGCCAGGUAUUACAAGGAUCAAAAUGGCGAAACCUAUCGCACUUUGUAUAAAGUGUAUGGAAUUCGCUUCGAUAUAAUGAUCAAUGGCCAGGCUGGGAAAUUCAAUAUUGUUCCCACAAUAAUUGCCAUUGGUUCAGGUGUUGCUCUGCUGGGUGCAGGAGCCUUCGCAUGUGAUAUGAUUCUACUUUACAUGAUGAACACAAGCUCCUUCUACCGAGAGAGGAAGUUUGAAAUCAUCAACUUUAAGAGAGAACGGAACAAACACAAGGAUGGAAAGGCGGGGCACCGCGAAAGGAGAUCCAGGAAACCAGGUGGAGAGAAAGGGGCAGAAAACUCCAUCAAAAAUCCAGGGGAAACUGAGCCCACUGAGGGAACUUCUCCCACUGCAGAGAACCAGUCCACCGUGGAGAAACGGGGUCCCACCAUUCCACGCAACACAGGACAACGAUACUCUGCCAUUCUCUCUACUCAAGGUGCAGAGUCGAGGCAUCAUAUCACUUUCUCUCCACACAGUUAAGUCUGCAGACAGAGCAACACAAGUCACCCGCAGUGGUCUCGGUUUUGUUGCAGGAGGUGGAACCAAAAGUCGGACUCAUGUCCACUUUUUCACCUGCUGGCACAACUGUUGGCACGCCACUAGCUUGAGUGAUGCUCACUUUGACUGAAUGUGUAUUGGUCCAGGGAAAUGUCAAUGUUCUACACUGAACAAGUGGGCCAGGACACUGAUGUAGAGAUACACAGGAGGAUGGUUUUGAGUGGCUGGGUCAGGAACCAAAGGUGGAAUGUGAGAGAUUAUAACAGGUCCAUAAAUAACUAAAAAGUACUGUGAUAAUCCUGAUGGCAGAGUGACUUAAAAUGAUUAAUCUAAGACUUUUAGUGAGUUGCCAAAUAUACGUCAGUUACAGCUUACAAAUGUAAAAAAUUAAUUGUUUCUGUUUCACGUCAUAGAUUCAAUGCUUUCAGCUCUUUGAGCUGUUGAUCAGACUAAUGAAGCAUCAUUUCCAGUUACAAAAAGUACAGCAAAAGUACCAAGUGAUUUCAUUACAACCAGUCUGCAGAACACUUCCUAAAUUCAAUGUUGGGUCAUGAGCGAAAUGAUUUAAGAAUAGAUUCAAAAAAAUAUGUUAAAAAAAAGACUUGUAAGCAAUAUCUAAGAAAAAUGUGAACGGUCUUAAUUGUUUGUUUUUCAGCUGAAUGCGUCAUGUGCCUGUGUAAAGACAGGCAUUUGAACAUACUGUUCAACACUGCUGAUGUGUUUCCUGCUCUGUGUGGAGUUGGCUGUGCUGAUUGUGACUUUGAUAUGUGCCAUGCAAUGGCUGCAACACAAUCACACUCACAACAUUGUUCACUUAUGAAGCUGUGGAAUGUAGUCUGUCACCUGCUAUCAGUCUACAAUGAGUGGACUAGUUCACCAGUGAUGUACGGGCUGAUUGUCGAUGAAGUGCAAAGGCUCCCUUUCCUGUUUGUUGUCCCUGUUUCUAUUUAUUGAUUGUUCUUUAUUGUUGGAGACAAAUGUAUUUGUCAUGUUGAUUUCAUGCCAACAAGUGACACUGCCUGACAAAGUGAUUAAUAAUGUAUACAGAACUUGUACAGAGGUAUUUAUUCAAAUCAGUAAUCACAUCUGUUAUAAUCUGAACAUAAUAUUGUACAUGAAAUGUAACGCCACACCUUGUAAAAAUGUUAUCUGUUCUAAUGAAUGUUACACUACA